GUAAGAAAGUCUUUUUGGAUCUGCAAACAGAUUUUCGAAAUUUUCAAGAUCUACGUCUGUACGGAAAGAAUAAAUUUUUAUUAAAAUCUAUGGAUACUUUUACCGAGAUGUGGCAAACUCUAUUUGAAGCUCUCAACAAGACCUUCGUAGGACAACAAGAACGAGAAUUAGAGGUGAUUAUGAAAAUGAUCAGAACUAGUUUGGUUUAUGAGUCUCCGGGACUUUUUCCGGCCAUAAUGCUAAGCGCCGAAGACCGGGAACGUCUAGAAGCAUGUAACUUCUGGUUGAUACAUAAGCUGUUUCACCUUCUUACAGAGGAAAGAUUAAUCAGAUUUCGUGGAGGAAUUUUUGAUUUGCUCAAAGACUUUCUAUCUGGAUGCAUUGUCAAGCAAAGAUGGUUAUUCAACAAAUGUAUCAGGAUAUAUAUUACACUUGUCAAAGAACUCAUUGAGCAAAAUGACGAGAAAGAAUUCGUGAUAAAUCAUUUUGAAACCACACAAUUCAAUUUGAGGAAUAUUAACUCCAAUAUGGCUUUUAAUCCAAUUAAGAUUAGUAGUAAAGCCUCUACUAACAGCAUUGUGGGAAUUCUAUUGCAAAUUCUAUCCAGCAUUCAUGACAAAAUUGGUAAGAACAAUCCCAAACUCGACCUCUUUAAAGACUGUAAUGUUUAUGUGAUAAAAAUCCUAAAUGAGGGAGAUUUGUUCACAAAGUUUUAUGCAUUGGAAUAUUUCAAGGAGGCUUUCAAAUAUCAAAUUUCUUCUCUUGAUGGUAAUUUAAAAACCCAGCAAUUGGCUGUGCUUAUUGCUAUUCAACAAAUCGUCAAAAAUAUAUCUUACUGGUGGAAAAUAGAGAAGCCAUCAAACUCUCAUCUCUUAAAUGUCGCUCAAACUCUUAAGGAUUUGUGUGAAGCAUAUAGAGAUUUAAUUGAAUAUUACACGAUGCAGGAUUGUGGUGUAAUCUUAAAGAUUGUAUUAAAUAUUAUUAAGACUUUCCAUAUGCUAGAUGAAACGAUUUUUGAGAGAUUGAAGGAAUGUCGUCGUUUGUUCAUUGACUACGCUAAGCAAUUGAGUUCCCGGAAUUCUCUUGAGUUAAACGACGAGACUGUUCAGGAGAUUAUCCAAAUUAUAAAUUGGAAUUACGAAGUUAUUGAACUCCUGGAAAAUUCAGUGAUCAGUGAAGUACAGAAAACUUUUGCCGGAAACAGUAUGUUAGACAAAAGCAAGAUAUGGAAUCAGCUCAUCACGAUUUUGAAAACUCGGUCUCCUGAUCUGCAUAAGUUUCAAGAAUAUCUUUUACUUUUCAGCGAGAUAAUACGGAUAGGAGUGAAGAUUUCACAAAAAACAUCCACUAAAUGUCUUGGACAGGAUAUCAAUGAUAUUGUCGAUCUGUUCACAAAAACGACUGAAUUGUGCGCUAUAUUCACCACUGAAGAUAUUCGUAUACUUAUUUAUAUUGCUCAAGACAUAAUGUCUCUUCCUGAUUUCAAGGACUCUUCUGGAGAUAAACAGAGUUUUAUAUUUGAGGUCGUCAUUUGUCCACUAAAUAAGAUUCUUAAACGACCUUGGAAGUGUCUCCCGGCAAAUUUUGUUGAAAUAUUACUUAAACAAAAAGCUGUGUCAAAUAAUCAACUCAUGCUGGAAUUUGUGAGCCUGAGGACCAUUUUUUCCAUCAGAGAAGAUUUAGUCCAAGAAUGGCUUCUGUUGGAAGCUCGGCAAAUAGUACGAGAUAUUUUGGGUCAGUAUCAAAGUUUACAUUUGGAAUCACAACAGUGCCUUUGUCCCCUCAUCAACAGUGUCAUAGUUCACAAAUUGUUGGAUAUUCGGGAAGUCCAAAGCUUCAUGGAAAAACUUCUUUUGGAUGAAAAAUUCCAUAUAGGCAUUUCCAAAAGCCUCAAGCAAUUGAUCUGUAUCUUGUCAGGAGAAAUUUCUUCAGAUAUGUGUGAGAAAGGCAAUUCCAAAUUCACGUGUAUUCUUUGCAAAGAAGAAUGCGAAAGGGAUUCUCUGACAACAGAUGGUGACUUCCUGGAUCCAUUUUUUAAACUAUUUUCUUCGCAAAAUGAAGAAGUCCUCUUCAACAUGACUGAGUGUAUUAAGCCGCUCGUAGUACAUUUUCCAAGAAAAAUGCUUGACAUCUCAACGUGGAAACCACUGAUAGAGCAAAGUUUUCAGAAUGUCCGGGAAAAAUUUGCAUACAUUUUUCCUUUGCUUAUGAAUAACAUCUAUAAAUACAUUACUGAUGUACAGCUGAGGGAGAAACUUACUCAAGAGUGUCAAACAAGCAUUCUUAAUGUAAUACUCAAAACUGUGCGAAACAUGUAUAGUUACAAGAAGCAAUAUUCAGUUCUAAUUUUGCUGGAUAAAUACUCAGAGUGCAAGAACUUCUCUGAAGAAACUUUUAUGCAGGCCUUCAAGAUGAUGUUCCUGUUUAUUAUCAACAUGGAAUCAAAGCUUGUAAAUGAGGCGAUUCUAUUAGGUAAUGAUAUGUGUUUGAGAAGAGGGAUUACUACGAGAGAUAUGCUCAACUGGUAUGGACAGGAUAUAUUUCGAACAAUAGUAUCACUGUGCGUCGGACUUUUCCUCAAACAUGAGAUUGGACUGUAUCAAUCUUUGACUCAGGCUACAAAAAUGUUGGGAUUCAUUUCAGUAAAUGAAUUCAUAUCUCAGCACUACAAGUUGAUCAUCGCAAUGAUUUUGCCUUGGUGUCUAAAGGAUUUAAGGUGCAAGAAACUCCUGCUUGAUGUGUGUCAUUACGUCCGUCAUGAAUUGAAUGAGGUCCUUAGUAUGGCAUUCCUGCACAUCUACACUUACCUCUUUCUUCACCAGUCUCCAGAAGUCAACAACAAAUGUAUCGAUUAUGUUAUGCAAAACACCAGUCAGACUCUUUUCUGUCUUCUCCAUGCUGAUAUAAAACGAACUAUUGCAGGAGUGCUGGCAUAUUAUCACAGGAAUCCGGAAUUUGUCAUGCAUGCCUUUCAAAAUUUGCUAUCGAAGGACGAUGUUACUCUCAAAGAAAUGGCUGAUUACAUUUCUACAAGAUUUCUUGGUGUACUCACGACAUUUGAGAGUCUUAUUGUGUGCCAUGAAACUGAAAAGGCCCUUAAGAAAGAGACAUUGCUAAGUCUUGGAGACAUUAUGAGGUUUAUGGGACCAGAACAUGUAACGCCAUGUCGUUUUAAAAUACUUACUCUACUGAAGACCGCCCUCACUAAUGACGAUUUGAAAAAUAUCACAGGAAGUGUUUGGACAAUAUUUUUGAGGACAGUGGAUGUUCAAUGUUUGGGACCUCUUUUGAGCACCAUUGUUGUUUCAUUGGAACCAUUAUUGCCUUAUCAACCCGAGCAAGUGAAUGACAUAUUGCAUUACUUGAUUGUGGAAAAUAGGACUCUUCUCAGCUCCUGUUUUGGAGAUUUGUUUUUCAUAGAGGAAAUAAAUGUUAAAAAUUCAAUUAAAGCUAUUGUGAAUUCUCAAAAGACAAAUGUUCCUAAGAGCUUCGAGGAGAAUUUUGACACUUUCAGAAAGCACAUCAAUCAUGAGAAUUUGGAUGUAAGAACCUAUGGGUUUAAGUAUUUGUCGCAGCUAUUCGCAGGAAGUCAAACAGCUCUCAACAAGAUGGUUUUUGAGCAGACAGGCAUUGAUGGCACCUUGUUAGAGUGCCUAGAGUCAAUUAUGCACGGAUGUCGACACACAGAUGAGAAUCUCCAACUAGAGUCUGGGAUUUGUCUGGGAGAGCUGGGUGCAGUAGAACCGAGUCAUUUGCCACCAAAUUAUGCUCCUCAAAAAUCAUUCGCUUUAACUAUUCAUUCCGAUGAAUUUGCCAUAAUGGCAUUAGCAGAGCUGUGCAAAGCCUAUCAGUCUCAAAAAGAUUCCCAUUGUGUAGAUAGUUUCUCACUAGCCAUCCAAGAGAUUCUACAGGCUCGUGGAGUGAAUCCAAAGAAAGGCAAAAAAUUGGCAGUUUGGCAAGCGAUACCUGAGAGGAUGAGGCAAUUGAUGGAGCCUCUCCUUACAUCAUGCUAUACAGGGGUAUUGACUAAUGUCCAAGCAAGUAUUCAUCCUGUUUUUGGUAGUUUAAAGUGCUCUACUAUGAGAGAGUGGACAUUUAUUUGGGCAUCAAAUAUGAUUUACAACAUUCAAAAUGAUUCCAUCAGACAUGUGCUGAAUUCCCUGAGGCCAAGUCUGAAGUAUGAUAUGCAAACAUUAGCAAUGUUUCUACCUUAUGUUAUCCUCCAUGCUUUGCAGUUUUCAAAUGAUGAAAGCGUUGUGAGAAUAACUGAAGAAUUUCAGCACGUUUUCGAUACUGCUGCAAAAUUUUGCGAAAAGAAGAAAAUCCCACAUUUUGGGACUUACUCUCUGGGCGUAAGCUGUGUGUCAUUCAUGUCGCUAGAGGUGUUUGUUGAAAGAGAAACUAGGGAAGAAAUGCAGAUAAAAUGCGCCAAAAUGGCAUUCAAUCAAUUGGAUUUCUUGGAGAUAUGGCUUCAACACUUCCAGGCUGUCUAUGACAAAUCGACUAAAAACCCCGAGUACAUGAUUAUUAAGAAAUUUGUUGAGCAGUUCGAUAAAAAAAUUUUGGCCAAAGGAAACUUCAAUUGUGGAGAAUACGCCAGAUCUUUACAAUGUCUUGAGGAACACAUUGCUAAAAACCCAGAAAAAUUACAAGACGAAUUAGCAUUUCUAGCUGAAAUUCACGCAGAAUUGAUGGAUCAGGACAGUGUUGAGGGAGCUAUUGGCCUGAUGAAUAAAAAACUUGAACUCCCAGAGCAGAUAACUAUUAACGCUGUCACAGGAAGAGUAGCUGAUUCGGCUGUUUGCUUUGAAAAAUUGAUGCAAAAUGGAAAUACUAAUCCAGGUCUUAUGAACAGUCUAGUGCAGUACUAUUUGACUUUGGAUCAACCAGAAACGGCGCUUCUGGUAUCCGAAGGAUUCCUUCACCGUUUUCAGGACUUUGAUGUAGACAAGUUUGCCUUGGAGUUGAGAGCUGAACCUCUUUGGCAAAUGGGACGCUUUGAAGAUCUCGAGAAUAUGAUUAAGAGUUCGGAACUUGAGGAAAAUAAUAGUUGGGGAAUACGGUGUGGAUCAUUAUUGAUCUCAUAUUAUCGUGGAGGUGAAGAUAUUUUUGCCAAUGAAAUGAAAAAAACUCGAUUGAGUAUCAUGAAGUCUUUAAGAAGUGCAGAAAUCGAACAAAAUACUUAUCAGAAGGCGUAUUCGGGCAUUCAAAAACUCCACAUGGUUACGGAGGUUGAAGGAGCAUUUAAAAUGAUAAGGAAGAUUUGUGAAGAUUCAUCUGAGAAAAAUACUAAAGCUACAUUGGAUGCAUUUUUUAGAGAUUGGCAUUUAAGAAUUCGACUUUUGCAGCCAUCAGUAAGAGUUUUGGAGCCUGUUCUAAGAUUAAGAAGGGUUCUAUUAACGCAAGGCAAAAAAAUCAUUAUGAAAAACUGCAGGAGAAAUCCGUUAGUCAAAAUGGUCGUUGAUAAGACAAUUACAGGGGAAAUUGGAAAACUAUGGAUGAAAAGUGCAGAAUUAGCUAGAAGUGAAAGACUUUAUCAGCAAGCUCAGCUUUAUUUGCUAAACCUAGAAGAAUUUCAAGUGAAAAACACUUUCUUGGAACAGGCAAAACUCCUUUGGUCUUGUGGCGACCAAGCCAAUACAUUUCAGGCCUUGGAAAAAGGUUUAAGAAAGCUACUAGAGAGUAGGAAAGUUACUACCUAUGUUGAUCUUCCUAAGUCCGAAAAAUUGUUCUAUGCUGAAGGGAAGUUUUUAAUAGCAAACUACAGUGCUGAAGCCAUGAAUAUUGAAACAGAUCUUAAUAUAAAUUACUUUAGAGAUGCCAUUGAGGUAUUUCCGGGGUGUGAAAAAACUCUCGUGCACUAUGCUCAGUUCCUGGAUAAGAUCUUCCACUCGCUGCCACAAGAGCAACAAGUGGGAUCACGAGGAACGGAUUUACUGAAAGAGAUUAUGUUGUACUAUGGAAAAUCGUUACAGUACGGCUGUAAUUAUCUGUUUCAAUCCAUGCCACGAAUGUUGAGUAUAUGGCUAGAUUACACAGCAGUGCCAGGAUGUGAUAAACGUGCAUUGAAGGAAAUGACUGAUUUUGCACUGGUAUUUUCAAACAAUUUGCCGUCUUACAUGUUUUUUACGGCUUUUUCCCAACUGGUUAGCCGAAUUUGCCACCCAGCAACGGAAGUUUAUCAGGUUCUGCGCACUAUUCUUAUUAAACUCAUCUUGGAUUAUCCACAGCAGUCUUUAUGGAUGAUCUUGAGCGUUCUCAAGUCGUCAUAUGCCAGUCGAAGUAAAAGAUGCAUAGAAGUGAUAAAUGAUCAGAGGCUAAGAGAUCCGAUAACUUGUCGUCUUAUAAGUGACUUUAAUCGCCUGGCUGAGAAGUUGAUAGAACUCACAAAUAAGUACAUUCCUGCUCAUGUUAAAGAUCCUACGGUGUCAAGUCUCGUGCCUCAGUUGCCACUUUUAUUUAAAGAUUCCAAUUUUUCGAAAAUUGUAAUCCCUGCUCAGAAGUUUAUGCAGCCAGAACUACCAAAUUCCAGUGAAGCACACACUGCCACAAUUACUCACAAUGCUUUUCCCAGGAAAAUGUUUUACAUUCACAGCAUAAAGAACAACAUUGUAAUUCUAAAGUCACUACAGAGACCCAGAAAAGUUGUACUUCUUGGAGACGAUGGCUUGGAAUAUACUGUACUGAUGAAACCGAAAGAUGAUCUUAGGAAAGACUUUCGUCUGAUGGAAUUUAAUGCUGUAGUUAAACAAUACUUACGACAAGAUCCCGAAACACGUCAGCGGCGAUUGCAAAUCAGAACAUACUCUGUCCUUCCGCUGAAUGAAGAGUGUGGCAUAAUUGAAUGGGUGUCUAAUCUUACAACGUUACGGAGUAUUCUGUUAACCCUCUAUCGUCGUCGAGGAAUUUUCACGGACAUGAAUGAUAUUAAGAAAAUCGAAAUGGCCCGAGAAAAGGAAAGCAAAUCUGUAAAAAGAGAAAUAUUUGAAAAUAUUCUUUGCAAGAGGCAUCCACCUAUUUUGGGAGAAUGGUUCAAGACAACUUUCACCACUCCGUUUAACUGGUAUCAAGCUCGCAGCUCAUACAUCCGUACUACAGCUGUAAUGUCUAUUGUCGGAUAUAUUUUGGGUCUGGGAGAUCGCCAUGGCGAAAAUAUUCUUUUUGAUAAUACCAAUGGUGACAGUGUUCACGUAGACUUCAACUGUUUGUUCAACAAGGGAGAGUCUCUACAGGUUCCAGAAGUUGUGCCAUUUAGACUGACACAUAAUAUGGUUCACGCAAUGGGCCCCCUGGGUGUUGAGGGACUCUACAGGAAAUGUUGUGAAGUGACUUUACGCGUAUUGCAAUCACAGAUGUCAACAUUAAUGUCUGUAUUAAGGCCCUUUGUUUAUGAUCCCCUAGUUUCGUGGACCAAAAAAGAUAAAGAUAGAGCAGACGGAAAAAUUGAACGCACAGAUCCUCAGGCUUUAACCAAUCUCAAUCAAAUCGAAGAAAGGCUUAAAGGAUAUGUGAAAAUAAAUGGAAAACGUGCCAAAAUGCCGCUGUCAACCGAAGGUCAAGUAAACUUUGUCAUCCAAGAAGCCACAGAUAUCAACAAUCUCUCUGUAAUGUACAUAGGAUGGGGAGCUUACAUGUAAAUUCAAAAAUUAAAAAACGGCUAAUAUUCCAAA